AUGCCCGAACAUCUCGAAUUGCAACAGCUGGUGGACGGUGUGUUGCAGGGCACCACACGUCAUCGGUCUCUGUCCUGGCUGCAAUGCUCAUGCCCAUAUCUAGGCAUCAUCCUUGCCACGGUUUCUUCCUUUUUCUUUUCCCUGUGCUCCGUCAUUGUGAAAGGACUUGUUGAUGUUAAUCCUAUCGAGCUGGCCACAUUUAGAUUUAUUGGCGUGCUGCUUCCAUCGAUCCCGAUAGCAAUAUAUCGCGAGGAAACCUUCUUCCCGGAAGGGAAGCGGAUCAUAUUAGUGCUACGAUGUUUUGUCGGAACGACCGGGCUUAUGCUUAGCUUUUACGCUUUCCGCCACAUGCCACUAGCGGAUGCAUCGGUGAUCAUCUUCUCCACGCCAGUGUUUGUUGCCAUAUUUGCACGGUUGUUCCUUCGCGAGGCAUGCGGCAUGUUCAACGUUAUCACGAUCGUCCUCACGCUGAUCGGUGUGGUGCUGAUCACCAAGCCACCGUUCCUGUUUGGAGACAAUCAGGUAUCGAUAGUGGACGAACAGAUAAUGGAAAACAGCUACGACAUCUGGGGCCCGGUGGCAGCUCUAUCGUCGACCCUGUUCGGUGCGAACGCGUACGUGUUGCUGCGUGCCCUAAAAGGGCUGCAUUUCUCUGUUAUCAUGUCCAACUUUGGCGCCUUUGCCUUGCUUUACACGCUUAUUGUUUGCUACUACAUUGGGGCACUCUGUUGGCCACUGUGCGGGACGGAUCGUUUUCUUGUUAUAGCACUAGCCCUGUUUAGCUUCGGUGGCCAAAUACUGCUCACUCUCGCACUGCAGUACGAACAGGCGGGUCCUGUAGCGAUAGCCCGGUCGGCCGACAUCGUGUUUGCCUUCAUCUGGCAGAUAAUGUUCUUCAAGGAAACGCCCAGCCUUUACUCCGUACUCGGUGCGCUGCUGGUGGUCAGCUCGGUGGUGCUAUCCGGUCUUCGCAAAUGGGCCCUUGCGUUGCCGAGAGACUCGGAAACGAGGAAAAAAUUACAUUUCCUGUAUCUGGAAUAG